AUGACUCAUUCAAAGAAUAUCAAAGAAAGUACCAAUAAAAAACGCAAAAAUUUAACUAGGGAUAAAGUUAAAAAAAAGAAACUAAAAAUUACGAAGUCAAAAGAAAAAAUUCAAAAUAAUGAUAGUACAUCAAAUGAUCCUAAUAUUUUGGAUCCUAAGCAAGAAUUAGAAUUAAAUAAUGUUCAAAGAGAAAAGAGGAAGAAUUUAGAUAUUUUAAAAAAGGGGAAAAUUUUUGUAGAUAAAGAUACGAUGAUGAAAUUAAUUGAUCAAUUGAAUGAAAAAGAGGAUGAACGUAUUGAAGAUAAAUUACAGCGCCAAAAUAAUCUCGAACAAAUAAUAAAAGAUCGUCAAAUUAAACAACAACAUAAUCGAUCAAUUCGUAAAGAAAAAAUUGAAAAUGCUAAACAGCUGAUUAAGAACAGAAAGAAAGGAAGGAAGGAAGGAAGGAAGGAAGGAAUCAAAAUUGAUAAAAAUUUAUGA